AUGAACGAGAAGAAAUCAGAUUUGAAUAUCCCCGCCCCACCCCCUUCUGACCCUCCUCCAUCCUAUGAAACUGCAUCUGGUACCGCUGCUGGCGGGGCUGGUUCGAAUUCAAUUCCACUCCCACGGCCACCGCCUCUAACACUCCCUGUUCUCAAUCAACUCCGCUCAAAACGCGUUAUUCUUGCCUCCGCAUCUCUCCGCCGCAAACAGAUUAUCUCGACCCUUGGCUUCCGGAACCUGGAAAUUAUACCUUCAAACACUCCAGAGGACUUCCCAAAAACACUCUCGCCUUUUGAAUAUGUCCUAAAAACUGCGACGCAUAAAGCCAUCACAGUCUAUCAGCGAGAGAUUGACAACACCGAAAAAGGUGAUCCGGCCCUGAUCAUCGCUGCGGAUACAAUUGUGGUGGACUUAUCUAACGGAGACAUCCUCGAAAAACCUCGCUCGGAGGCCCAUCAUAUCAGCAUGCUCAAGGCCCUAAGAGAUGCAACAAAUCAUACCGUAUACACCGCUGUUGUUGCGAUGGUGCCACUGGAGAGUGCUCGGGAUCCCGGAUAUGCCCUAGAGACUUUGGUGGAGGAGACGAAUGUUAGAUUUGAUCCCGACAUCACGGAUGAAUUGAUCGUGGCUUAUGUGAGGACCAGAGAAGGUGCAGACAAAGCAGGAGGCUACGGAAUGCAGGGGUUAGGAUCCAUUCUGGUCCAAAAGAUUGAAGGCAGUUAUGAUAAUGUCAUCGGAUUGCCCUUGCGAGCUACGUUGAGGCUCAUCGAGAAAGUGAUGGCAAGAGCUGAUGACGAUGAUAUGUUAGGCGACGAAUUGAUAGAAGAAUGA